AUGGCUUCUUUGGCCGACCUCAUCGCGGCCCUGCCCGCUGAGGAUGGAUGGGGCCCGCCCACCACCGAGGAGACCACCUUGAACGGUGUUCCCUAUGCGCCCUUCUCCAAGGGCGACAAGCUCGGCCGCAUGGCUGACUGGACGGCCGACAGCAAGGACAGAGAACGCGGUGGCAGACAGCAGUACAACCGCAACUACAGAGACCAGCAGAUCUACGGAGCCGGCAGCGCCCCCGUCUUUGCCGCACCAGUGGCCGAGGACGAAUCCUCCUUCUCCAUCGUCAGCAGAGAACCUACGAAGACCAGAUUCGGUCGCGGCGCCGUCUUCACUCGCGGCGGCCGUGGCCAGCGUGGUGGUGUCCAGCAGGGUGGUAGGGGCGGCAGGACCCAGCUCCAGCGCGGCGGACGCGGCGGGCAGCAAGGCGGUUACGGUGGUGGUUACGACAGCCGCGGAGGCAGAGGAGGUGGAAGGGGAGGUCGCCGCUUUGGCUGGAAGGACUACGACAAGCCCCAAAGGAACCGAGACGCCAGUAUCAACGUCAAGGCAGACUGGAAGCUCCUCGAGGAGAUCGACUUCAACAGGCUGGCCAAGCUCAACCUGGAUACCGACGAGGGCGAGGACGUUGAGAGCUACGGUUUCCUAUACUACUACGACCGUGCCUACGACAAGACCACCGCCAAGACCGGAGAGAAGAGACUCACAACUGUGGACCGCGCCACGUACAAUGUUACUACGUCGUCGGAUCCUGUCAUCCAGGAGUUGGCCGAGAAGGAUGAGGCUACCAUUUUCGCCACCGACAGCAUUCUGUCCAUGCUGAUGUGUGCUCCCCGAUCAGUCUACUCUUGGGACAUUGUCAUCGUGCGACAGGGCAACAAGAUCUUCCUGGACAAGCGUGACAACGCUGCGCUCGACAUGGUGACCGUCAACGAGAACGCCGCCGAUGCGCCGCAGGAGGGCACUGACGGCAGCAAGGAUGGUAUCAACCAACCCCCGGCGCUCGCUGAGGAGGCCACCUACAUCAACCACAACUUUGCCAACCAGGUUGUUCUGGAGAGCCAGAAGGUCGACAUGGCCCACGAGAACCCCUUCUACAAUGCUUCCGAGGAGACCGAGCCGCCUGCCAGCAAGGCCUACAAGUACCGCAAGUUCGAUCUGUCCCUCAACGAGGAGGAGCCAAUGUACAUUGUCGUGCGUACUGAGUUGGAUGCCGUCCAGAAGAACGCCAUCAGCGGCGAGGACCAGUUUGUGACCGUCAAGGCGCUCAACGAGUUCGACAACAAGGCCCAGGGUAGUGGCGGAGCCUUGGACUGGCGAACGAAGCUUGUCAGCCAGCGUGGUGCCGUCGUCGCGACGGAGAUGAAGAACAACAGCGUCAAGCUGGCCCGUUGGACCGUGCAGAGCAUCCUCUCCAAGGCCGAUGUGAUGAAGGUUGGUUUCGUGUCCCGAGCCAACCCCAAGUCCAACGACAAGCACGUCAUCCUGGGAGUUGUUGGCUGGAAGCCUAAGGACUUCGCCAACCAGAUGAACUUGUCCCUGAACAACGGAUGGGGUAUUGUCCGCACCAUCGCCGACAUGUGUCUUAAGCGCGAGGAGGGCAAGUUUAUCCUCGUCAAGGACCCCAACAAGUCCAUUCUGCGGCUGUACGAGGUCCCCGCUGGUAGCUUCGACGACGACUAUGAGGAUGAGCCGGUGGCUCAGCCGGUGGUUGCUGAGGAAUAG